AUGCAGAUAGCGUAUGGUCAGGUGAGUUCCCUUAGCGAGAGCCAGAUGGUCCUCAACAACCAACGCCGGCUACUAGCGGACCAGCUAGAGACCGCCCGUGCUCAGGUCGAGCAGUGCAAAGCUGAGAACUCCCGGUUGAAGGCCGAUAUAGAAGUAAAGGUCUCCGGCCUUGUGACGGAUCUGCACGCAUGCGCAUGUGUUGAAUUUCAGGCGAUGAGAGAGCGGCGCCGUGACGCCAGCGGGCACGAUUCGGUCCUAGCACGCGCCGUCAGCCAGUCGUCCAAGUUGGGUGGUGCUAAACUCGAGUUCUAUCGAGAACAGAUGAGCAUCCUGGCCCGAGAGAACCAACGGCUGAAGGCUAGACUCUCAGACUACGAGAGCUGUAGACGACCCACUUGA